AUGAAGCAGCAACCGAGCUCCAUCAUGCUCCAUCGUCUAGGUAUCCGGAAGGCGCCCACGAGCUCCAACUCUCGCUGCAGGCUCACCGUGACGAGAAUUGCGCAGGAGGUUGAUGAAGACGGUGCACUGACCGAGUGUCGACUGAAGACCCUGGUCCUAGACGAGGUACCAGAGCCUACCCCGGCUUUUUUGUCGCCAGGGGAAAGGCCAAGCUCCUUUCGAGCCAAGCAGGCGGAGGUGUGGUAUGCCGCACUCAGCGAGUUUCAAGAGCUCGACGCGCCGGAUGUUGUCAUGAAAGUGACGUUCCGUACGCAGGCAGGGUCACCCGAAGCUUCUGCUGUGACAUUGAGGGCUUGCACCAUUGGCAGCGAUGCCGAGGUGGAGUUGGCGCAUGGCAGUUUGGAAGAGGUUGAACUGUCAGAACAAGCAGUUGUGGCCCAAUUUGUGCAGCUGCAUUGCCAGACCUUGCCACCAGAAAGAUUGCAUGACCCGAGUUCCAGGUUCACCAUGAGUCGUUGGCUCCUUGCGGCCGCGGUGCCGAGCCUUGUGACGGGCAAAGUGGUGAUAGAGGCCAUGGAACAUGACAUCAUGCAGAUCCAGGCAUCCACAUUCGACGGCAUCAUUUCCAAGUUCAGAGACAGCUCCGUGAGCAGUUUGUGGUUCUUCAAGGACGACAGCAAGGAAGAUGGGAAGUUUCUGGAUGAGUACAACAAGGUUGCCAGCGACAUGAAAGGCAUGGCCAAAGUUUGUGCCAUCAACUGCAAAGAGUACUCCGUGUUUUGCGACAAGCAGGGGGUCAAGGAGACUCCGACUGUCAUGAUCUAUCCUCCAAACCCGGUGCCUGCCUUCAAAUUAGAAGGCAAGUUGGAGGGCAAGGCUGUGUUUAACAAGCUUGCGAAGUUCAUGCCCGACCAGACGGAAAAGCUCACAAAGGAUAACGUCGACAAGUUUCUCACAACAGACGUGACAAAGCCAAAGGCGCUUCUAUUCUCCAACAAGAAGUCCGUCCCCCUCAUGUGGAAGGCGCUUUCCUCGGAGACGGUGUUCAAACGAACGGUCAAGUUUGGCUUUGUGACAGAGGACCAGUCGGACAUUGUCCAGCGGUUCAAGGUCAAGAAAUUUCCCACCGUUCUCAUACAACAGGGAGCGAAAGGCGAGAAGAAGGACACGUAUCCCGGAGAGUUCAACUUCUUGGCUUUGAAAGACUGGGUGAAUCUGCACUCUGAAUCCGGCAUGGGCGAUAAAGUCACAAGCCCCGGAGGUGCCAAAGAAGAGACCGCCGAGGAGGCAAAGCCUUGGUUGGUGCAGGAAGUGCCGGAACUCACCGUGAAGUCUCACCAGGACGUGUGCUUCAAAGGCGAGGGUCUCUGCGUCAUCUUCCUGAAGGAUGGUGAAGCUUCCCAGGCUGAGAUUGACAUGCUCACAGGUCUGUCCAAAAAAUACACAUCGCAGCUCAGUGACCGCGGUGCCAAGAUGAAGUGGAUGUGGAUGAAUUUGAAUGUUGAGAAGGCCUACAAGGACUUGUUCAAACCUGCGCAGCUUCCAUCCGCUGCGGUCUUCAAUCCUCACAAAAGGCUUCGCUUUACUCUGCUGGAUCAUGGUGAGGAGGGUGAGGUGAAGGGCGACGUGCAGGGCAUCGAGAAGCUCUUGGAUAAAGUGCUAGGAGGCGAUGCGCGCUUCACGAUGGUUCCUGGCCAGAAGCUGCCAGCCUGGGCACAGCGUGAGGCUGCGGCUGGCAAGAAGGCCCAGACGCUGAGAGCCGGAAGCGGAGCUGUGAGGCACUCACAGUGCCGAGACUUCCGCCGCUUUUGGGAGGGCUCUGACAGCGGCAGAAAUGUGAUUGGGAAGGAAGGCUGCGAGUUUUGUCACUCCAUCGAAUUUGCGCUCAAGCGCAUGAGUGCUGUGCAGAUAGUUCGCAGAUUGGAAAAGCGUGUCCGAGCAAGCUUGCUCCUCACUGCAACGGUCGCACGUAGCAGCAAGCAAGAGCAUGUUCCACGUCACCUUCAUUUGACAAAUGCUGUGAGCUAUCUGCUGCGCAGCUAUCUGCUGAGCAGCGUCCUGGCUGGUUGCCUCAAAGCUGCCAAGGAGUCCAGGGCGGUAAAGGUCCGCUUCAACCAGGAUGGUGUCAUGAGCAAUCAGUUCAUUCUCCGCAGCCGCGGCAGACAGCUCUUGUGCGAGGCUUUGGUGUGUCCCGCUGCUGAGCAGGUGCUGAAUGGGCCCGGCGCGAACCAAGCCCAGAGCAUGCCUGCGAGCGAGUCGAUGGGGUGCUGA